AUGUUUCUCCAACGUCUGCAGAAAUGUAGAAUUCCUUUGCAGCAGCACGGAAAACACUGCCGACUUCUGAAUAUACCAGAAGUUCAAGAAGUCUGCCGUAGUUCGAUGGAAAUACCGAGCCGAAGGCGAUCUUCUGAGCCUGUGCAAGGAAGUGGGGAACCGAUAGUAGAUAGCGAUAAGCAGCAAACGACGAUGUGGGUCACUGCGAUAAAGCUGUAA